AUGGCGCAAGCUGACAAGAAGCUGAAGAGCUUUGGGUUCUUUGGUAACAAGUACGAGGAGGCUGCUGAGCUUCUGGAGAAGGCGGCGAAUAACUACAAGCUCGGCAAGGCGUGGAAGCCAGCGGCCGAGGCCUACCGGCAGCUGGCGGCGGUGCAUGUGAAGACGGACAGCAAGCACGACGCGGCGAGCAGCUACGUGGAAGGUGCCAAGGCGCUCAUGAAGGUCGCGCCAGCAGAGGCGGUCGUGCUGCUGCAGCAGGCUGUUGAGGUGUACACCGACAUGGGGCGCCUCAACAUGGCGGCGCGCCAGCUCAAGGAAAUCGCAGAGGCGCAGGAGAAGCAGGGCCUCAAGGACGAGGCGGUCACCUUCUACAGCCAGGCCGCCGAUCUGUUUGCGACGGAGAACAGCAGCAGCGAGGCCAACAAGUGCCGCCUCAAGGUGGCCGAGUUCAGCGCUGAGCUGGACAAGUGA